CAUCGGGCGGCGGAGAACUAAUAGCGUGCUAGCAUUGUCCAAGUGAUUCUACCCUCCUCAUCAAGACAAGCCCGGGCUCUCUGCUCAGCCCCUCUAGUACCUGUCAAGAUCAGGAUAUGCUGUCGCCACGAGACAAUCCUGACAUACAUAAUGGAUAUACAAAAAUUACAUGCAGCCUCGUCCGCAUUUUUGGAGUGUUUGAGAGCGCAAAGCAACUCGUCGUUGAACAGCACCGCAAAUAUGACUGUGGAGGUUACCAACAUCACCACCUGUGGAAAUGCCUCCGUCUCUCCAAAAUUGCAACCUCCGCGUCCAAAAGAGGUGGACUCAGUUCGGAUCCUGCUGUACUCGCUCAUCUUCCUGCUCAGCAUUUUCGGGAAUCUGCUGAUCAUUGUGGUGCUGAUCUCCAACAAGCGCAUGCGCACCGUCACCAACUGCUUCCUGCUGUCGCUGGCUGUCAGUGACCUGAUGAUGGCCAUCUUCUGCAUGCCCUUCACCCUCAUCCCCAACCUGCUGGAGGACUUCAUUUUCGGGGCUCCCAUGUGCAAGAUCAUUGCCUACUUCAUGGGAAUCUCGGUGAGCAUCUCCACUUUCAGCCUGGUUGCUAUAGCAAUCGAGAGGUACAGCGCCAUAUGUAACCCUCUGAAGUCGCGGGCAUGGCAGACUCGUUCCCACGCCUACCGGGUCAUCGCUGCCACCUGGGUCCUCUCCUUCAUCAUCAUGACCCCCUACCCCAUCUUCAGCACCCUCGUCACAUUUGUCAAGCCCAACAAAUCUGCCGGACACAUGUGCCGUCUGGAAUGGCCCGCAAGCCAGGUGGAACAGUCUUGGUACAUCCUGCUGCUGUUUGUGCUGUUUUUCAUCCCUGGGGUUUUGAUGAUCAUUGCCUAUGGCCUCAUCUCCAGAGAGCUGUACCGGGGAAUACAGUUCGAAUUGGACCAGAAAAAGGAAGCACGCGGCCUGAGGAAUGGCCUGAAUCGCACAGUGUUGUCCAGGAGCGAGGAGGGUGAUGGCUGCUACAUACAGGUGGUGAAGAGGCCCAACAACGUGCAGAUGUCAGCUCUGAUGCCCUCAGGCUCAGCCCGGGUGGACCGGCCACGCAGCAACACCUCAGAAGCCAAGCUCAUGGCCAAGAAGCGUGUGAUCCGCAUGCUGAUCAUCAUCGUGGCCAUGUUCUUCAUCUGCUGGAUGCCGCUCUACUCUGUCAACACCUGGAAGGCCUUCGACUUGCGUUCGGCCCACCGUGCCCUCUCAGGGGCACCCAUCUCCUUCAUCCACCUGCUGUCCUACACCUCGGCCUGCGUCAACCCCAUCAUCUACUGCUUCAUGAGCAAACGCUUCCGCAAGGCCCUGCUGGCCACCUUUGCUGGGUGCCUGUGGCCCUGUCGCCGCCUCCGCAAGCCAGACGAUGACAUCAACGCCGCCUCACUCUCCAAGUUCAGCUACACCACCGUUAGCACCAUGGGGCCCUGCUGACUCCUGCUCACCACAGCAAUGGCUCAAGCUUGUCAGAAAGUGCUAGCAGCAAUAGCAAUAUUUUAUUUAUUCCUCUUGUUGUUUUAUUCAGCAUUGUUUCAUCUUUAUACCAUAUAUCCUCUUUGCUCAUAACACACUUUUGUUGCACAUUCUAAGAGCCUGUGUUUACAGGUUUGAUGUUGUGUGUUAUGUAGGCCGUGGUCUCAGUGUGUCAGUGACUGGGUUGUGGUGGAAGUUGCAGACAGGGGCCAGCCAUUCACACUUGUGUCUUUCUGAGAUUUGGACUCGUUUGCCAGGAUUUUGCCAUGCUUCAGCUGUGACAAGACUUCGCUCCUGCGAGGCCACUAAUCAGAGGAGCACAGGAGGUCCAUGAUUCUUUAAAGGGAGGCAGUUUCCUGUCCCUGAGGUGUCUGCAUUGGCCCGCUCUCCUUGGUGAGUUUUCAUCUUGUUCUGCAUGUGCACGCUUCUCCAGGGACUGCAACACAGUGUCAGCAGAACUUCAUCCAAAUUCUGAGCUGAGCUGCCCCGCCACAUCACCAGGGGUCUCUUUGUGGCCAGCUGGG